UAAGAACAGUGUGUCCCAAAGAAGAACAUCUUUCAAGAAAUAUAGUCAUUGGGGCUGAUACUAGAUCCACAAUGGAGGUUCCCCCAGCAUCCAAACUUGGUGAGACCUUUGUGUUUGAAGAUGGGUUAGAGAUGCAGCAAGAACUUUUCCCAGAGGAGGACCUAGGGGACGCAUUUCUUCAGGAAAGAGGUUUAGAGCAAAUGGCCGUUAUCUAUAAGGAGAUCCCUCUUGGGGAGCCAAACGAGGAACAUGAUGAUUACGAGGGGAAUUUCAGUCUGUGCUCAAGCCCUGUUCAGCACCAGAGUAUCCCCCAAGUCAACAAACCCCAGGAUGAUGACAUAUUUGGCCAAACCUUCCUCCAGAAAUCAGACCUUAGUAUGUGUCAGUUAAUCCAUGGUGGAGAAGAACCCAGCAAACACGACUAUGAGCUAGUGGGCAGGGGGGACUCGGGACCUAAUGAGCCUCACAGAACUGCACAACCACCAAAACCCUAUGCAUGUCGGGAAUGUGGGAAGGCCUUCAGCCAGAGCUCGCACCUUCUUAGGCACCUGGUGAUCCACACUGGGGAGAAGCCCUACGAGUGCUGUGAGUGUGGGAAGGCCUUCAGCCAGAGCUCGCACCUUCUCAGACAUCAGAUAAUCCACACCGGGGAGAAGCCCUACGAAUGCCCAGAAUGUGGAAAAGCCUUUCGCCAGAGCUCAGCCCUCACACAGCAUCAGAAAACCCACACUGGGAAGAGACCCUAUGAAUGUAGGGAAUGCGGGAAAGAUUUCAGUCGGAGCUCAAGUCUGAGAAAACAUGAGAGAAUUCAUACUGGAGAAAAACCUUAUCAGUGUAAGGAAUGUGGGAAAUCCUUCAACCAGAGUUCAGGCCUGAGCCAGCAUCGGAAAAUCCACACCCUAAAGAAACCUCACCAAUGCGAUCUCUGCGGAAAGGCCUUCUGUCACAGGUCCCACCUCAUUCGGCACCAGAGGAUUCACACUGGGAAGAAACCGUACAAAUGCGAGGAGUGUGGGAAGGCCUUCAGCCAGAGCUCGCACCUUCUCAGACAUCAGAUAAUCCACACCGGGGAGAAGCCCUACGAAUGCCCAGAAUGUGGAAAAGCCUUUCGCCAGAGCUCAGCCCUCACACAGCAUCAGAAAACCCACACUGGGAAGAGACCCUAUGAAUGUAGGGAAUGCGGGAAAGAUUUCAGUCGGAGCUCAAGUCUGAGAAAACAUGAGAGAAUUCAUACUGGAGAAAAACCUUAUCAGUGUAAGGAAUGUGGGAAAUCCUUCAACCAGAGUUCAGGCCUGAGCCAGCAUCGGAAAAUCCACACCCUAAAGAAACCUCACCAAUGCGAUCUCUGCGGAAAGGCCUUCUGUCACAGGUCCCACCUCAUUCGGCACCAGAGGAUUCACACUGGGAAGAAACCGUACAAAUGCGAGGAGUGUGGGAAGGCCUUCAGCCAGAGCUCCAACCUCAUUGAGCAUCGGAAGACCCACACCGGUGAGAAACCCUACAAAUGCCAUAAGUGUGGGAAAGCCUUCAGCCAGAGUUCCUCCCUCAUUGAGCACCAGCGGAUUCACACUGGGGAGAAGCCUUAUGAGUGCGGCCAGUGCGGGAAGGCCUUCUGCCACAGCUCCGCACUGAUUCAGCACCAGAGAAUCCACACCGGGAAGAAACCCUACGCGUGCAAUGAGUGUGGCAAAGCCUUCCGGCACAGGUCGGCCCUUAUCGAACAUUAUAAAACCCACACCAGAGAGAAACCCUACGAGUGUAACAAAUGCGGCAAGUCCUUCAGGGGGAGCUCACACCUUAUUCGGCAUCAGAAAAUCCAUGCUGGGGAGAAGCUCUAGAAGGAGGAGCUCACACCAAAGCUUGAAAGCCUUUCCCAGAUGGAGCCCACGCCCAGUCACUUUAUCUGCAAGGCUCCAUCCACCUGCCCCAUAACAGAGUUGGACCUAGUGCUCCUGAGCACCCACACCAGCAGCAAGGGCCCCUCUUGGCCAGGCAAUCAGCAGGUUUUCUGAGCACAAGGGAGGAUGGGGGGAUAGAAAGGCUGCCAGAAUGGCUGAGCACCUGAAAAGAGAAUGGGCCUUCGAUUUCUCAUUCUCACAUUUGACUUCCAAGCCUGUGAGGUUCAGUUCUGCCCUCUAUUCCAGAAUCCAGAAUAGAAAUGACUGUAAGAGGGAGAAAGUUGAGUUAAACCCACGAGAAUGCCAGGUGAGAACUCUAACAUCAGGCUACAGUUUGGCACUUUCAGUAGAAGGAACCAUUCUCACAGUCCAAAUUAGCUGAAGAAAAAUGAAUCCAAAAAGUAGAUACCUCAGCCACAAAAUGGAAUCUUCUGCCUGGUUUGGGUACUUGUAGGUACAACCCAAACAGGUUACAGAACAAAGGGAGUGUCUGGAAGGAUUAGGUUUGGGACUGGGAGGGAGGGUGCGAGUCCCUGGUGUGGUCCCUUAAUCCUAUUCUGUGUUAGAGUGAGGGGGGUCUCUUUCAAGGAGAGUAGAGGUUUGGUCCUGCAGGCCAGAGGGCAUUUGAUGCCCAGCUCUGACUCAGCCCAGGCCCACGGCACCAGUGCCCGCCAGGAGCAGGCCCUCCACCAGACCCGGGGCUCCUAAAACCACAGCGUGCCUUGGACAUCAGCAGGGCUCCUUUCUGGUCUGGCAGCUAUGCAGCCUCUCCACCUUCCAGUGCAGGCUCGGGCGGGGCGGGGGAUGUUGGAAGCAGGGUGAUUCAAUUAGAGAUCUGGGUGCAAGUCUCAGGUCCAUCCCUCCUACCUAUGUGUCCUUGAGGAACCCCCAAGGCUCAGUUUUCCUACCUGUGAAAUGGAGAUCGUGGGGUCUGGCCCCACACUUUGAGGAUUGGUGCAAGC